CAUGUCUACCCACAAAUGCGGUGAACUGCCUCAGUCGCGAGUUCCAUGUCGCAGAUUCAAGCUUGUCAGCUGCGGAUAUCUGAGUUGCGAGGAAGCCUUGCCAUCCUGGCGGAGCGUUGCGCAAGCCUUGAGCAACUGCACGAAGGAACAGUCGAGAGGCUGAGGUCAUUUAGUUCAACAAAGGCUGCACCUGCUCCGACAUACGGCACAAACAAAGACCACGAUGCCGUGACAGCCGUGCACCUGAAAAAACAGUCCACGGCGAAGCUGCGCUGUUUCCAGAAUCGCCACAGUGAUUUGAUGAAAUGCUUGCAACAAAUAUUCACAGAAGGACAAGCAGAGAGUUGGGUUGGCUUGAAGAAGACUUCGCCCACCCAUGAUGCCAGCCACAGUGCCAGCCCUCGCCGUACUUCGCCAGAUGCUGAAGAAGUUCUGGCAAAAUCUCCGGCCGUGUCGUUGGAAAAGCAUGUUGCUUGUGAGACUGGCAGUGCGAACGUUCAAGUGAUGUUGUUGGACGGGCCGGCCGCAAAAUUGAGGUCUAGACUGCGCUUUCAUGACAUCCAAGAACAUUCUCCAAGAAGGAAUCUACUUGGCAACUGUGGGCCAUGUCCAAGCACAGAGUCGAGAGUCAUUGGGAGCACCUAUCCGGCUCGAACAUUUCCCGGCGCUGAACCUUUCCAAGCUUCAAGAACAAGGAGCGGUGAAGCAGCGCAAGCUGUUGACAAGAAUGGAAGAAGCCGCGUGGAUGAAAUUCGACGCCGUGCAGCUGAAAUUGAAACUAGGCGGGCAUCAAUGUGCCCAGAACAUGAUUCAAUAGGCGUUUCACUCCGUUCGCGCUCUCCUAUAAGCGAUGUGUGGGCAACUUGUUCAGAAAACGCCACAACUCUCCCCACUGAGUCCGGUAACCGGUCUGGAGGUUCAAACAAUGAAUUCCUUGGCUUCGUGCCUAACGAUUCGGAACAGAUCUUGGAGCCACUGACUGCGCCUUUGCCUGGCCCAAAUAUGACUUUGGCUCCGUUUGGCCCUCAGACGCCCUACGCCGUGUCUUUAAAUGCUGGGAUGCUUCCAUCUUGGCAGCGCUCAGUGUAAGAUGGGGGCUUGUGGACAGAAGGUGCAUGUUUUAUUCCGAUGCCCGCUGCAACGUCUGUGCGAAGCAUGCGUUGGCUGGCUUGUUAUGCUAAUGACGCAAGCGCAUGAAAAA